AUGCGAAAGAGGAAAAUCUACAGUGCUCCAUCUCGUAUCGGUGUUCGUGAACUAGCUCCAUCUGGUAUCAGUUUUUGUGAACUAGCUCCAUCUGGUAUCGGUUUUCGUGAACUAGCUCCACCUGGUAUCGGUUUUCGUGAACUAGCUCCACCUGGUAUCAGUGUUCGUGAACAAGCUCCAUCUGGUAUCGGUUUUUGUGAACUAGCUCCAUCUGGUAUCGGUUUUCGUGAACUAGCUCCACCUGGUAUCGGUUUUCGUGAACUAGCUCCAUCUCCUCCAUCUGGUAUCGGUUUUCGUGAUUUAGCUCCAUCUGGUAUCGGUUUUUGUGAACUAGCUCCAUCUGGUAUCGGUUUUUGUGAACUAGCUCCACCUGGUAUCGGUUUUUGUGAACUAGCUCCAUCUGGUAUCGGUGUUCGUGAACAAUAUCCAUCUGGUAUCGGUUUUCGUGAACUAGCUCCAUCUGGUAUCGGUUUUCGUGAAUUAGCUCCAUAUGGUAUCGGUUUUUGUGAACUAGCUCCACCUGGUAUCGGUUUUUGUGAACUAGCUCCAUCUGGUAUCGGUGUUCGUGAACAAUAUCCAUCUGGUAUCGGUUUUCGUGAACUAGCUCCAUCUGGUAUCGGUGUUCGUGAACAAUAUCCAUCUGGUAUCGGUUUUCGUGAACUAGCUCCAUCUGGUAUCGGUGUUCGUGAACAAUAUCCAUCUGGUAUCGGUUUUCGUGAAUUAGCUCCAUCUGGUAUCGGUUUUCGUGAACUAGCUCCAUCUGGUAUCAAUUUUCGUGAACUAGCUCCAUCUGGUAUCGGUUUUCGUGAACUAGCUCCAUCUGGUAUCGGUUUUUGUGAACUAGCUCAUCUGACGCCUGUUCUUUUGACCAUCCUAGUAACCAUCGGCGCUACUUCUACCGCAGGUAAUCUCGCAUACAAAAGGGUAUGUUAUUUUACGAACUGGGCACAGUACAGAGGAAGUCCUGCGACGUACACAGCUGCUGAUAUCGAUGCCCAUCUCUGUACUCACAUCAUCUUCGCGUUUGCACAGAUGAGUGGUAAUAAUCUAGCUACCUACGAAUGGAAUGAUGAAGCCCAAUACGCUGAAGUCAUGGGUAAGAAGACGGAGAAUCCCGACCUGAAAGUAAUGCUCGCAGUUGGAGGCUACAACCAUGGCGUUUCUACAUUUUCCUCUAUGGUUUCUUCCCUGUCGAACAUUGAAGAGUUUGCAACUAACGUUAUCUUGUUUUUGAGGCAGCGUGGCUUUGAUGGACUUGACCUAGACUGGGAAUAUCCGGCUCAUCGCGGAAGUCCUGCUGGGGACAGAGAAAAGUUCACACAGCUAACGAUGGUUCUACGUCAAGAAUUCGAUAAAGAAGGAUCUUCAACAAGUCGGCCUGCGUUGCUGUUGUCGGCAGCAGUGUCUGCAAGUAGAGAAACCGUUGAUACAGCCUAUGAAAUUGAUCUUGUGUCACAGUAUGUUGACUUUAUCAAUUUGAUGGCAUAUGAUUUUCAUGGAACGUGGGAUACUACCGCUGGACACAACAGUCCAUUGUAUGAGAGAAGUGGUGAAAGUGGAAAGGAACUUGAUAAGAAUCAGAAUGCAGGAGUACAACUGUGGCUGUCGAAUGGGACCCCUGCAGAGAAAUUAGUCUUAGGACUUGCUUUAUACGGUCGCUCGUUUACACUGGCAAGCUCUUUCGACACAAGCAUGGGAAGUGCGGUGGUCGGCGGAGGCGUCAUGGGUGCAUAUACAACCGAAGCAGGUUAUCUGGGCUAUUUUGAGAUAUGUGAUAGAAUUGAAAACGGAGGAUGGACUAAGAUGUGGCAUAACGAGCACCAGGUUCCGUUUGCUUACAGUGGCAACCAAUGGGUUGGUUUUGAUGAUGUCCAAAGUUUUGGAAUUAAGGCUGAAUAUAUCAAGUCUUUGGGCCUGGGAGGUUCGAUGGUUUGGGCUAUGGAUUUGGACGACUUUAACAACAUAUGCGGACUUGGAGCAAAUCCUAUGAUGAAUGUUCUGAAAACCGUCUUAGAAUCACCUUCUAUUGCUUCAACGAUGAUGUCACAGCAGUCAAUUACGACUUCUCAAGAGACCACACCAAAAACAACAACAUCAAACAAUGCUUUAACAACCCUGCCGUCUUCUGGUAAUCUCGCAUACAAAAGGGUAUGUUAUUUUACGAACUGGGCACAGUACAGAGGAAGUCCUGCGACGUAUACAGCUGCUGAUAUCGAUGCCCAUCUCUGUACUCACAUCAUCUUCGCGUUUGCACAGAUGAGUGGUAAUAAUCUAGCUACCUACGAAUGGAAUGAUGAAGCCCAAUACGCUGAAGUCAUGGGUAAGAAGACGGAGAAUCCCGACCUGAAAGUAAUGCUCGCAGUUGGAGGCUACAACCAUGGCGUUUCUACAUUUUCCUCUAUGGUUUCUUCCCUGUCGAACAUUGAAGAGUUUGCAACUAACGUUAUCUUGUUUUUGAGGCAGCGUGGCUUUGAUGGACUUGACCUAGACUGGGAAUAUCCGGCUCAUCGCGGAAGUCCUGCUGGGGACAGAGAAAAGUUCACACAGCUAACGAUGGUUCUACGUCAAGAAUUCGAUAAAGAAGGAUCUUCAACAAGUCGGCCUGCGUUGCUGUUGUCGGCAGCAGUGUCUGCAAGUAGAGAAACCGUUGAUACAGCCUAUGAAAUUGAUCUUGUGUCACAGUAUGUUGACUUUAUCAAUUUGAUGGCAUAUGAUUUUCAUGGAACGUGGGAUACUACCGCUGGACACAACAGUCCAUUGUAUGAGAGAAGUGGUGAAAGUGGAAAGGAACUUGAUAAGAAUCAGAAUGCAGGAGUACAACUGUGGCUGUCGAAUGGGACCCCUGCAGAGAAAUUAGUCUUAGGACUUGCUUUAUACGGUCGCUCGUUUACACUGGCAAGCUCUUUCGACACAAGCAUGGGAAGUGCGGUGGUCGGCGGAGGCGUCAUGGGUGCAUAUACAACCGAAGCAGGUUAUCUGGGCUAUUUUGAGAUAUGUGAUAGAAUUGAAAACGGAGGAUGGACUAAGAUGUGGCAUAACGAGCACCAGGUUCCGUUUGCUUACAGUGGCAACCAAUGGGUUGGUUUUGAUGAUGUCCAAAGUUUUGGAAUUAAGGCUGAAUAUAUCAAGUCUUUGGGCCUGGGAGGUUCGAUGGUUUGGGCUAUGGAUUUGGACGACUUUAACAACAUAUGCGGACUUGGAGCAAAUCCUAUGAUGAAUGUUCUGAAAACCGUCUUAGAAUCACCUUCUAUUGCUUCAACGAUGAUGUCACAGCAGUCAAUUACGACUUCUCAAGAGACCACACCAAAAACAACAACAUCAAACAAUGCUUUAACAACCCUGCCGUCUUCUGGUAAUCUCGCAUACAAAAGGGUAUGUUAUUUUACGAACUGGGCACAGUACAGAGGAAGUCCUGCGACGUAUACAGCUGCUGAUAUCGAUGCCCAUCUCUGUACUCACAUCAUCUUCGCGUUUGCACAGAUGAGUGGUAAUAAUCUAGCUACCUACGAAUGGAAUGAUGAAGCCCAAUACGCUGAAGUCAUGGGUAAGAAGACGGAGAAUCCCGACCUGAAAGUAAUGCUCGCAGUUGGAGGCUACAACCAUGGCGUUUCUACAUUUUCCUCUAUGGUUUCUUCCCUGUCGAACAUUGAAGAGUUUGCAACUAACGUUAUCUUGUUUUUGAGGCAGCGUGGCUUUGAUGGACUUGACCUAGACUGGGAAUAUCCGGCUCAUCGCGGAAGUCCUGCUGGGGACAGAGAAAAGUUCACACAGCUAACGAUGGUUCUACGUCAAGAAUUCGAUAAAGAAGGAUCUUCAACAAGUCGGCCUGCGUUGCUGUUGUCGGCAGCAGUGUCUGCAAGUAGAGAAACCGUUGAUACAGCCUAUGAAAUUGAUCUUGUGUCACAGUAUGUUGACUUUAUCAAUUUGAUGGCGUAUGAUUUUCAUGGAACGUGGGAUACUACCGCUGGACACAACAGUCCAUUGUAUGAGAGAAGUGGUGAAAGUGGAAAGGAACUUGAUAAGAAUCAGAAUGCAGGAGUACAACUGUGGCUGUCGAAUGGGACCCCUGCAGAGAAAUUAGUCUUAGGACUUGCUUUAUACGGUCGCUCGUUUACACUGGCAAGCUCUUUCGACACAAGCAUGGGAAGUGCGGUGGUCGGCGGAGGCGUCAUGGGUGCAUAUACAACCGAAGCAGGUUAUCUGGGCUAUUUUGAGAUAUGUGAUAGAAUUGAAAACGGAGGAUGGACUAAGAUGUGGCAUAACGAGCACCAGGUUCCGUUUGCUUACAGUGGCAACCAAUGGGUUGGUUUUGAUGAUGUCCAAAGUUUUGGAAUUAAGGCUGAAUAUAUCAAGUCUUUGGGCCUGGGAGGUUCGAUGGUUUGGGCUAUGGAUUUGGACGACUUUAACAACAUAUGCGGACUUGGAGCAAAUCCUAUGAUGAAUGUUCUGAAAACCGUCUUAGAAUCACCUUCUAUUGCUUCAACGAUGAUGUCACAGCAGUCAAUUACGACUUCUCAAGAGACCACACCAAAAACAACAACAUCAAACAAUGCUUUAACAACCCUGCCGUCUUCUGGUAAUCUCGCAUACAAAAGGGUAUGUUAUUUUACGAACUGGGCACAGUACAGAGGAAGUCCUGCGACGUAUACAGCUGCUGAUAUCGAUGCCCAUCUCUGUACUCACAUCAUCUUCGCGUUUGCACAGAUGAGUGGUAAUAAUCUAGCUACCUACGAAUGGAAUGAUGAAGCCCAAUACGCUGAAGUCAUGGGUAAGAAGACGGAGAAUCCCGACCUGAAAGUAAUGCUCGCAGUUGGAGGCUACAACCAUGGCGUUUCUACAUUUUCCUCUAUGGUUUCUUCCCUGUCGAACAUUGAAGAGUUUGCAACUAACGUUAUCUUGUUUUUGAGGCAGCGUGGCUUUGAUGGACUUGACCUGGACUGGGAAUAUCCGGCUCAUCGCGGAAGUCCUGCUGGGGACAGAGAAAAGUUCACACAGUUAACGAUGGUUCUACGUCAAGAAUUCGAUAAAGAAGGAUCUUCAACAAGUCGGCCUGCGUUGCUGUUGUCGGCAGCAGUGUCUGCAAGUAGAGAAACCGUUGAUACAGCCUAUGAAAUUGAUCUUGUGUCACAGUAUGUUGACUUUAUCAAUUUGAUGGCGUAUGAUUUUCAUGGAACGUGGGAUGCUACCGCUGGACACAACAGUCCAUUGUAUGAGAGAAGUGGUGAAAGUGGAAAGGAACUUGAUAAGAAUCAGAAUGCAGGAGUACAACUGUGGCUGUCGAAUGGGACCCCUGCAGAGAAAUUAGUCUUAGGACUUGCUUUAUACGGUCGCUCGUUUACACUGGCAAGCUCUUUCGACACAAGCAUGGGAAGUGCGGUGGUCGGCGGAGGCGUCAUGGGUGCAUAUACAACCGAAGCAGGUUAUCUGGGCUAUUUUGAGAUAUGUGAUAGAAUUGAAAACGGAGGAUGGACUAAGAUGUGGCAUAACGAGCACCAGGUUCCGUUUGCUUACAGUGGCAACCAAUGGGUUGGUUUUGAUGAUGUCCAAAGUUUUGGAAUUAAGGCUGAAUAUAUCAAGUCUUUGGGCCUGGGAGGUUCGAUGGUUUGGGCUAUGGAUUUGGACGACUUUAACAACAUAUGCGGACUUGGAGCAAAUCCUAUGAUGAAUGUUCUGAAAACCGUCUUAGAAUCACCUUCUAUUGCUUCAACGAUGAUGUCACAGCAGUCAAUUACGACUUCUCAAGAGACCACACCAAAAACAACAACAUCAAACAAUGCUUUAACAACCCUGCCGUCUUCUGGUAAUCUCGCAUACAAAAGGGUAUGUUAUUUUACGAACUGGGCACAGUACAGAGGAAGUCCUGCGACGUAUAUAGCUGCUGAUAUCGAUGCCCAUCUCUGUACUCACAUCAUCUUCGCGUUUGCACAGAUGAGUGGUAAUAAUCUAGCUACCUACGAAUGGAAUGAUGAAGCCCAAUACGCUGAAGUCAUGGGUAAGAAGACGGAGAAUCCCGACCUGAAAGUAAUGCUCGCAGUUGGAGGCUACAACCAUGGCGUUUCUACAUUUUCCUCUAUGGUUUCUUCCCUGUCGAACAUUGAAGAGUUUGCAACUAACGUUAUCUUGUUUUUGAGGCAGCGUGGCUUUGAUGGACUUGACCUAGACUGGGAAUAUCCGGCUCAUCGCGGAAGUCCUGCUGGGGACAGAGAAAAGUUCACACAGCUAACGAUGGUUCUACGUCAAGAAUUCGAUAAAGAAGGAUCUUCAACAAGUCGGCCUGCGUUGCUGUUGUCGGCAGCAGUGUCUGCAAGUAGAGAAACCGUUGAUACAGCCUAUGAAAUUGAUCUUGUGUCACAGUAUGUUGACUUUAUCAAUUUGAUGGCGUAUGAUUUUCAUGGAACGUGGGAUGCUACCGCUGGACACAACAGUCCAUUGUAUGAGAGAAGUGGUGAAAGUGGAAAGGAACUUGAUAAGAAUCAGAAUGCAGGAGUACAACUGUGGCUGUCGAAUGGGACCCCUGCAGAGAAAUUAGUCUUAGGACUUGCUUUAUACGGUCGCUCGUUUACACUGGCAAGCUCUUUCGACACAAGCAUGGGAAGUGCGGUGGUCGGCGGAGGCGUCAUGGGUGCAUAUACAACCGAAGCAGGUUAUCUGGGCUAUUUUGAGAUAUGUGAUAGAAUUGAAAACGGAGGAUGGACUAAGAUGUGGCAUAACGAGCACCAGGUUCCGUUUGCUUACAGUGGCAACCAAUGGGUUGGUUUUGAUGAUGUCCAAAGUUUUGGAAUUAAGGCUGAAUACAUCAAAACAUUGGGCCUGGGAGGUUCAAUGGUUUGGGCUAUGGAUUUAGACGACCAUAAGAAUAUAUGCGGAUUAGGAGCGAAUCCCAUGAUGAAUGUGUUGAAAACCGCCUUCGAAUCACCAUUGACUUCUUCAAUGAUAUCACAGCAGCCAACUUCAUCAACACAAACAAUAUCAACUGCAACCCUUAUACCUUCUGAUGGAAUGCCAUCUUCAAGUGUUCCAUUGUCUAGUCCGAGAUCAAGUACACUUUUGCCAACUACAAUACUUCCCACAUCUGCCCCGUUUUCAAGCAUGAGACCAACAACAGCGGGUGAGGACACGCCUACAAACUCUACACCCAUAAACGUUUCUGCAACAAUACUGUUGACGACGAAUGAACCCGACUCGACGUCCUCUAAGAAUAAUUGCGAGCCUCCAGUAUGUCCAAACGGUCAAGUUCUCCCUUCCCUGUGUGAUGCGUCUUGUGUGUACCAGUGCUGUAGUGGGGGAAACAUACGCCACUGCUGUCAGUCUGGCUACACCUGGAAUGAUACCAUACAGAGCUGUCAAAUGACAGUACCAGCAGCAACCACGUCCUCCAACAACAUCCCUAACUGUGACGCGCCUUCGUCCUGCAGUCACGGCAAAUUCAUCGCUGACGAGUGUGAUCCACAGUGCUAUUACAACUGCGCCCAUGAUACUGCCUAUCACUACUGCUGCAGUGCCGGAACCCUAUGGGAUGACUUCAUCAAGGACUGUAACUACCCACACCUAAUCCAGUACGACCCGGCAUGUCAUCAUAGUACUUGUCCACCAUAUGAAUUCCUCCCCGAUCCAUGUGUACCUGAAUGCUACUACCAGUGUUCCUCCACGGGUGUGGAUUUCCGGUACUGUUGCUCUGCAGGACAGCUUUGGGACGAAUCCAUCAAAAACUGUAACUAUCCAGCAGCAAUGCCUUCUACAGUGGUAUCACAAACAACGGUCACGGACCAAAUCACUACUUCAUCACAAUACGGCGGGCAACUUGCAAGGACAGUUAUUUUUCACCCAAUUAUCUUCACAGGUUGCAGUGUACAAGUAACAGAACAGACAUCAGAAAUACAUACAAAAGCGAUGACUUCAUCUACAGGUGAACCAAUAACAGAGGCGACUAAAUCAACAGACCAACCUGUUAUUUCUUCGUCACGACCUGAUACAAUAACCCCAAUAACCUCGUCACAAGAUGCAUCUUCUAAAAUAGUGACGUUAUCAACGAGCACGCUCACUACAUCACCGACCUCAGCUAGAACUACAUGUGAACCUGCAGUAUGUCCAGACGGACAAGUUCUCCCGUCCCAGUGUGACUCUUCUUGUGUGUACCAGUGCUGUAAUGGGGAAAACAUACAGCACUGCUGUCAGUCUGGCUACACCUGGAAUGAUACCACGCAGAACUGUCAAAUGACAGUACCAGCAACUACCACGUCUUCCAACAGCAUCCCUAACUGUGACGCGCCAUUAUCCUGUACCCAUGGUGAAUUUCUCGCUGAUGAGUGUGAUCUGCAAUGCUAUUAUAACUGCGCCCAUGGUACGGCCUACCACUACUGUUGUGUUGCUGGAAGUCUUUGGGACGACUUCAUCAAGGACUGUAACUUUCCACAUCUUAUCCAGUAUGACCCGGCAUGUCAUCAUGAUGUGUGUCCGCCAUAUGAAUUCCUUCCUGAUCCAUGUGUGCCUAACUGUUACUACCAGUGUUCAUCUACUGGUGUGGACUUUCGGUAUUGUUGUUCUCAAGGACUACUUUGGGACGAAUCCAUAAAAAAUUGUAACUACCCAGAAGCAAUACUCAGUAUUACUGCAGAAGUGGACCGGGCCAGUUCGUCAUUACAACAUGACGGUCAACAAUCCGGAACAAUUAUUAGUCAUGAUAUCAUCUUUUCAAAUUGCAAUAACUAUUCAACUCCACAGAUAAUGUCUACAGGUACAUCACCUGCAACCAUUCCUCUGUCAUCAAAACCACUUCCAUUAUCAUCCGCGACGGCCAUAAGCUCUACUCCUUUUUCAACAGCUACUAGCCCAACAACUGUGACAUCAUCUAGUGCCACAAAACAAGAAAUAUCAACUCACUCAUUCAUGCCAUUAUUUACUAGUUCAGCAACAUUGACAGGAGCUACAAGCUCAACCAUGGAAUCUCUAGCUUUUACUUCGAUAACGCCUGAAGUAGUCUCCAGAUCAACAAAAAUGACACCAUCUGCCAGUUCCACAACACAUACCGCAGUCACUAGCUCAACAACGGUUGUACCAUCUGAUGGUUCUACAGUACAAUUAUCAUCCUCCAGCUCAGCAACAGUGGCACAACCUGCUACUUCCGCAACACCUACAGCAAUUUCUAGUUGGACAAAGAUUGAACUGUCUACAGCACAAAUAACAGCCUCUAGCUCAGCAACAACAGCCCCCUCUGCCAAUCCCACAACACCUGAGACAGUCUUCAGCUCAGCACCAGUAGUCCCGUCUGUUAGUUCAACACAUGAAGCAGUCAUUAGCGCAACACCAGUUUGGUCAUCUGAUAGAACUACAUUACGAACAACAACCUACAGCUCAGCAACAGUAUCACAAACUGCUAUUCUCGCAACACCUGCAGCUUACUCUAGUUCCGAAAAAGUUGCACUGUCCGAUAUUUCUACAGCAGGAAUAACAUCCUCCAGCUCAGCAGCAAUGGCUACUUUCACAACACCUGCAGCAGUCUCUAGUUCGACAACAGUUGAACUGUCUGGUAGUUCCAUAGCACGUAUAGCACCCUCCAGCUCAGCAACUAUAACUACUUCCACAACACCUGCAGCAGUCUCUAGUUCUACAACAGUUGAACUGUCCGAUAGUUCUACAGCACAUAUAACAUCGUCCAGCUCAGCAACAGUGUCACAACCUGCUGCUUUCACAACACCUGCAGCAGUCUCUAGUUCAGCGACAGUUGAACUGUCCGAUAGUUCUACAGCACAUAUAGCAUCGUCCAGCUUAGCAACAGUGUCACAACCUGCUACUUCCGCAACAUCUGCAGCGGUCUCUAGUUCGACAACAGUUGAAAUGUCCGAUAGUUCUGCAGCACGAAUAUCAUCCUCAAGCUCAACAUCAGUAGCAAAAACUGCUACGUCCAUAUCACCUGCAGCAUCCUCUAGUUCGACAACAGUUGAGCUGUCUGGUAGUUCCAUAGCACGUAUAACACCCUCCAGCUCAGCAACUAUAGCUACUUCCACAACACCUGCAGCAGUCUCUAGUUCGAAAACAGUUGAACUGUCCGAUAGUUCUACAGCACCAAUAUCAUCCUCCAGCUCAACAUCAAUGGCAAAACCUGCUACUUCCACAACACCUGCAGCAGUCUCUAGUUCGAAAACAGUUGAACUGUCCGAUAGUUCUACAGCACCAAUAUCAUCCUCCAGCUCAACAUCAGUGGCAAAACCUGCUACUACCACAACACCUGCAGCACUGUCUGGUAGUUCCAUAGCACGUAUAACAUCCUCCAGCUCAGCAACUAUAGCUACUUCCACAACACCUGCAGCAUCCAGCAACACUCUAGUUUCAUCAACCUGUACCACAGGAUUAUGUGAUACUGAUAGUUUUGGAAAUAAUAGCGGUUCCACUAUUGGCUUACUAAAUGGAGUAUUUGCUCUGUGGUUGUUCGUCUUGGCUGCUACACUUUUUCUAUGGCGUCAAUAA